AGGCUUUUUCCCAGAAAUUACAGAGGAAAAGGGAGAUGAUUGGCUCUUCCUCCAACCUCUAAACAACCUGAGUGAAUCUCUCAAGACUCAAACCUACCAGUACUUGGGAGUUGAAACUUUCCUACCUUCCAAACAAGCAUCCCAGAAACUGAGAGAAAGCGACACAAAAAGGCCUCAGCAAGCAAACGAUACCUAACGGUCCUCGCGUUGAACUCCCCCAAUCAAAAUCCAUUCUCCCGUUUCUCCCUUUUCCGAGCUGUGCUUUUUCUGUCGUCUGGGUUUGAUCGUGUUUUCCCCAAUUUGUCGAUUUAAAUUCGGUGAUCGUGGUUUUGGAGCGGGUGGAUUGGGGUUGUGAUGGGAAUGCGUGGAGGUUGCGUGGAUUGGGAGGGGAUCUGGUUGGUUGAGAUGGGGAAAAUUUGAGAAUUUUGAGGAUUGAGGGGUGGGUUUUGAUUUUUUUUGGGGGUGUUUCUUUUUGGGGGCGAAAUGAGCGCGGCAAAGCCGGCGGUGCCGGUUCGGGACCUGGUGGAGGAGGCCAAGAAGCGGUUUGUGUUUCUGGCGAUAUGCGUUGUGGGUCUGUCAUAUCUCAUGUCUUUGACAAGCUCCUCAGUUUGGUUCAACUUGCCUGCAGCUGCUUCCUUAAUUAUCAUCAUCAGGUAUUUGUCUCUAGAUUUUGAGAUGAGAAGGAAAGCAGCAGCAUACAAUAGCAAACCAUCCUCAGCAAAUACUGUGUCUCAAAAGAAAUCUCCUGAAGGUCCUAAAAUUAUUGAGAAGUUUGACUGGAGGAGGAAGGUUAAUUCCUCUGUUGUUGAGGAUGCAAUUGAUCAGUUCACCAGACAUCUGGUUUCUGAGUGGGUGGCUGAUCUCUGGUACUCUCGCAUAACGCCUGAUAAAGAGGGCCCAGAGGAGCUGGUGCAGAUCAUGAAUGGAGUUCUUGGAGAAAUUUCAUCUCGCGCAAGGAAUGUAAAUCUCAUCGAUCUUUUAACAAGGGAUCUUAUCAAUCUCAUUUGCACCCACUUGGAGCUUUUCCGUGCAAUUCAAGGAAAGAUUGUGAAGAAACAGUUGGGAUCAUUAUCUAUUGCUGACCGAGAUAAGGAACUAAAACUUGUCCUGGCUGCAGAAAACAAAUUGCACCCUGCACUAUUUUCUGCUGAGGCUGAGCACAAGGUUUUGCAGCAUUUGAUGGAUGGUCUCAUUGUUUUAACUUUCAAGCCUGAAGAUCUGCAAUGCUCUUUCUUCCGUUAUACUGUCAGGGAGCUUCUUGCUUGUGCUGUGAUUCGACCAGUCUUAAACUUGGCUAAUCCAAGGUUUAUUAAUGAAAGAAUUGAAUCUUUAGUUAUUUCAGCAACCAAGGCUAAUAAAGGAGGUACUACAGCUCAAGAGGCAUCCCAGCCUAAACCAAAUGGGUCGUCAAGGAUCUCAUCUGAUCAUUUUUCUCGGUUUCUAGAUCCUUCUGUUACAGGUGUUGAACUCGUGCAGUUGAAAAAUGACCAAUCUAGAACUGCUGCAGAUAAAACCGGGAAGGACAAUGUGAAUGGAACGCAUCUUUCAAAGGACCCAUUGCUUUCGAUUGAUGCUCGAUCCACUCGUUCAUGGGGUUCUUUGCCUUCUGGUCCCCUAACUGGUGAUGGAAGGGGUAUUCAACAUCACCGCACUGGAGGUGAAUGGGGUGAUAUGUUAGAUAUAGUUUCUCGCAGAAAGACUCAAGUUCUUGCUCCAGAAAAUUUUGAAAAUAUGUGGACAAAAGGGAGAAACUACAAAAAGAAGGAAGAUCGAUUAACCGAGCAAGCCACUCAAAGUUCUUUGGCAGGGAAAACUGAUGCUGUGAAUAACUCAAAGGGGAUACAUAACCCCAAAGAAAAGGAUGGUAUAAGCAAGGUUAAUUCUCCCCAGAGCAGUGGUGUCAUGUCUGGAUGUAAUGAUCAGUCAACAACAAAAAAUUUGUUCCCUCGUGCUGACCUGAAUAUAUCAACUCGCUCUUCAGAUCCUCUAUAUCAAGAAGAUGAUGAUAAUGCUCUCAUGCGCUUGGAGGAGGUUGAAACCGGGAGCAGUAGUUCCUAUACUACUGAAGAUGAAGAAACCAACGCUGUGACUGGUCUUGAUUCCCCUGUCACCAAGGUUUGGGAUGGAAGAAGCAACAGAAAUCUCGCGGUUUCUCACAUUCGUCAUCCACUAGAAAGUUCUGAAGGCCAUAUGGGAAAAAAGACUAAUAAAGGGCAUGUUCGUUAUCAAACAGUACCUAGAAACCACACUGGCAGGAAAAGGUCUAGAUUAAGUAGUCAAAAGGUGCAUGUCUGGCAAGAGGUUGAGAGAACAAGCUUCUUGUCCGGAGAUGGACAGGAUAUACUAAAUUCUUCUAAAGGACAUGAAAAGUCUGAGGAUUCUAGUGAUGAUUCUGAGACAGAACUGUUGGGAAGAGUCAAUAGUGGAGCAGCUGCUUCUUCAUCUGCACCUUCUAUUUCUAAAUCUGAAAGCCGUAGUUUUUCUGUUAAUACCCUGCAAAAUUCAUUAUUGGCAGAUUCUUUUUUGAAGUUGAGAUGUGAGGUUUUGGGAGCUAAUAUUGUGAAAAGUGGCUCUAGAACAUUUGCUGUUUAUUCAAUUUCUGUUACCGAUAUAAAUAAUAAUAACUGGUCGAUCAAAAGAAGGUUCCGACAUUUUGAAGAACUGCAUCGGCGUCUCAAAGAAUUUCCAGAGUAUAAUCUUCAUUUGCCACCAAAGCAUUUUCUGUCAACAGGUUUAGACAUGCUUGUCAUUCAAGAACGGUGUAACUUGCUGGACAUAUAUUUAAAGAAGCUCUUGCAACUUCCCACAAUUUCAGGAUCAAUUGAAGUUUGGGACUUCCUUAGUGUAGAUUCUCAGACAUACAUCUUCUCAAAUUCCAUUUCAAUCAUCGAAACAUUGUCAGUUGACCUACAUUGCAAGCCAGCAGAAAAUAGUAACAAAGUUCUGAGUUUUGUUGGGCCUCUAGUCAAUCCUCUACCCUCCAGGAGAGCACAUUUAGGGACUGAAAGCAAGGAACCUCCAUUGCAGACGAAGCAUAAUCAUCUUGUAGAUCAGGGAAGAUUGACAGAGAAAGGCACCACAUAUUCUCUGGUGGAAAAGCCUGUUAAAGAAUGUGGAAAGCCAUUUGACGAUUCAGGCAGUGACUCAGAUUCUAGAGUGCAAAAGAAUGCAUCUUCUAUGGGAAACUUGGGAAAGAAAGUUAAAGGAAGAGAAGGUGAUGGUUUACUAGAAACAUCUGAGGUGCUUUCUGAUGCUGAAAAUGACCCAUCCCUUCCUACAGAGUGGGUUCCACCAAGUCUAAGUGUUCCCAUAUUAGAUUUGGUAGAUGUUAUUUUCCAGCUUCAAGAUGGUGGAUGGAUCAGGCGGAAGGCUUUCUGGGUGGCCAAACAGGUAUUACAACUGGGAAUGGGUGAUGCUUUUGAUGAUUGGUUAAUUGAGAAAAUUCAGCUUCUGCGGAAGGGAUCAGUGAUUGCUUCAGGGAUCAAGAGAGUUGAGAAGAUACUAUGGCCUGACGGAAUAUUCUUAACCAAGCAUCCAAAAAGACGAAGACCAUCUGUCCCCAUGAGCCCAUCCCAAAUGUCACCUCAUGCCCAGCAACCUGCACAAAUGUGUUCACCUAAAAAGGAGGAUCUCCAGAAACUGCAGGAAAAGGAGCACAACUUGGUAUUGGAUGAGUUGCAACAACAAGAAGCAGACCGACGUGCAAAGCUCGUAUAUGAGCUAAUGAUAGAUAAUCCACCAUCUGCUAUUGUGGGCCUUGUUGGACGCAAGGAGUACGAACAAUGUGCUAAGGAUCUCUAUUUCUUUCUUCAGUCAUCUGUUUGUUUGAAGAUGCUGGCCUUCGACCUCCUAGAGCUGCUGGUAUUGUCAGCAUUUCCAGAGUUGGAUGACAUCUUCAAGCAGUUGUUUGAAGAAAGGCAAAAGUUUGGAGAAUUCAAAGCGAAUUGAUGGAAUUUUAUAUUUGAAGUUUUAAAGAUUCUGAGUGAUAUCUUCCCAUGAUUUUUUUUUUCAGGCACAAUGUUUAAAAUCAUGUUUCUGUUUGUCUGUUGGGAAAGUUUUGUGACUGGAAGAUCAUUGUCCCCCAUUUUCAACUGAGAGAAUCAUUGUUAUACACAGGUCAAAGUUCUGUAAUUAACUUUUGAUUUGGCAUCUUGAGAAAAUCAUAUGUAAAUCACCAGACUGAUACAACAAAAAGAAAUACUACAUGGAAAGCUGUUUGUUUCACCAAGCCUUCAGAUUCCAAUUUUCA